CUCUUCACUCUUUCUUUCUCUCUCUGCAUACACACUCUCACUCCUCACCUUCAGGGUCUAUUUCAUUUGAGUGUAUUUCUGAUUUUAUUUGCCUCCCACUGCCCAAUAUUGACUCAACUUGGCAGUGUGUUUGGUUUUGGGUUUUGGACUCAACACAUGUAUUUUUGUACUUAUCUCUCUCCUUUUCAUGAGUAGGGUGAUGAAGACAAAUAAUGAGAGUUUGGGAGGUGAUUUCAUUCUGGUGGGCUUCUCUGACCAGCCACAGCUUGAGAAGAUCCUCUUAGUGGUUGUGCUGAUCUCCUACCUUCUGACACUGAUGGGCAACACAGCCAUCAUCCUGGUCUCCAGUCUGGAUCCCAAGCUCCAUACGCCCAUGUAUUACUUUCUUACCAAUCUCUCCUUUGUUGACCUCUGCCUUACCACCACAAUUGUGCCCCAACUGCUGUGGAACCUCCAUGGGCCCACCAAGACAAUUACUCCCAUAGGUUGUGCUAUUCAACUCUACAUGGCUCUGGCACUGGGAUCUACUGAGUGUGUUCUCCUGGCUGUCAUGGCAUAUGACCGCUAUGCUGCUGUUUGCCGACCACUUCAUUAUGCUAUUGUUAUGCAUCCACAACUUUGCCAGUCACUUGUGGGAGUGGCAUGGUUGAGUGGAGUGGGCAACACCCUGAUUCAGGGCACCAUCACCCUUUGGCUGCCCCUUUGUGGGAACUGGAGGAUUUACCACUUCAUGUGUGAAGUGCCUGCCAUGAUCAAGUUGGCUUGUGUAGACAUUCAUGCCAACGAGGUCCAGCUCUUCAUGGCUUCCUUGGUACUGCUCCUCCUCCCCCUGGCUCUCAUUUUGAUCUCAUAUGGAUACAUUGCCCAAGCAGUAAUGAGAAUCAGGUCAGCCCAAGCCUGGGGUAAAGCCCUUGGAACAUGUGGAUCCCACCUGUCGGUAGUAUCCCUCUUCUAUGGGACCAUCACAGCUGUCUAUAUCCAGCCCAACAGCUCCUACGCCCACAGACAGGGGAAGUUUAUAACCCUUUUGUAUACGGUAGUAACUCCCACCCUCAAUCCCCUCAUUUACACUCUGAGAAACAAAGAUGUAAAGGGAGCUUUGAAGAGGCUGGUGAGAAAAGAUCAGACUAUAGGAGAAUGAGAAAGUGAUGAGGAAAAUGUGCAGACAUGGCCGAAAGACUGAAAUGUAUGCUGCAAAACUGAAUUCUCAAGGUUAUCUGAAGAAUCCGUAAGCAACUGAAACCACGUUCUUUAACACCCGUACUUAACAUACGCAGGAUAUCCUGUCUAGACUGACAUCUUGUUAUCUGUCAGACAAUUGGUUUACCCAAUAAAGUAUGAACAAGACUUAAGUCUUCCCAGAACCCCUGCUGUUAA